AUAUCCACGUGCAAUUUUUCCUACUCGCGACCGCACCAGUAGAAUUGAAGUGGUAUAUGUAUAAUAUAGAUCUGCAGCCGUAACCUGUUUUGUAGAUCGUGGGUAAUGUUAUACUUCACUACCUACUUUCUGGUACUAAUUACUGUGCAUAUCUAAGUCUUAUGGGUGAGGUAGACGAGCAAGCAAGGAGGCAAGCUCAAUUGGAACGGUAUAAAUUACUUUUUACAAUGCCAACAUGCCAGCCAGUGAGGUGGCGAGGCAUGCAGUCCUCUGUUCCAAUCUCAAACAAUGACCGAGGCUGUUCAGUCUGGCUAUUCAGUCUGGCUUGACUGGCUUGCCUGGCCAGAGACAACGGCCGUUGGAUGGUCUGUUCUAACCGAUGGAGAAUGUAUACAGGGUAGGUAAGGAACUAGGACGCCCCAGCCCAAUCGGGCUGCUUAUCGGUACAAUCGUAAAAAGCUCAACGGACACAGACCCACUCCAAACUUAACUGGUUAUAGUGCUCGCCUUGGUGCGACCACCGCGUUGUCCCUCUAAUCGCGGGCAGCCCAGCGCGUACGCGUAGUGGCGUUGUAGCUUGAAUUUGACGCCGCCCCGAAACCAACCUGUUGCGACAACGUCGAUUGCAAGCCGAGAGCUCGGUUCCGUUGUCGCAAAAAGCCCAACACCAACGGAAUUCAAUCGUAUCUAUACAGCGCAUAUUGUCGGAUCGGAUCGUAAACUAAAAUACUUAUUGGCUUAAUAAUUCUCGCCGCCAGGCAGACAUGAUGGAAAUUGAUACCGAUGAAGAUACUUUGCGCCAGCUCGCUGCCGGCGGCUCCAUGAACUUCUCCGCCUGGCCUCUGUUGCUAUGCGAUAUCAUCAACCGCCUCGAGAAGAUCGCUCAAAAUGAGUUUCCAAUCCCCGUCAUACCCCCACCUCCGAGGCUCACACCACCACCAGAGCCGCGCUUCCUUGCUCCUCUGCCAUCCUCGGACCCCAUAGGACCGUCGGAACUCAAGAGGGUAGAGCAAAGCAAGGCGCCGAAUACGACGGCGGCAAAGACCACUGCUACCGCCGCCGCAGAUGUCUUGUCGCCCGGUUCCUCCCAGGAAAACAACAAGGAGAACGCGAACCCAAACUCGAACAAAGCUCCAGCUGCGGCUGACGCACCAGCCGAUAGCACCACUACGGCCGCGUCGGCCGUGCCAGUAGCAUCGUCAUCAUCAAGGGCUCCCGACUCCCAGACUCAACAACCUGCUCCUGGCGAGCUGCCAAUACAGAUACGGCAACAGCUGACUGAAAUCACAUCAACUCUCACGACCGGCUUCCCCGACCACCCGCCACACACCAUCCAGCGCCUGGCAGAGCUAGUCUUGUAUCCCCGCCAACAUUACCGCUCUCUCCCUUCCUACCUACAUGCUGUAGACCGGGUCGUGCACGUGGCGUCCGGCGCCAACAUCUUCCCCCUCGCGCCCGCCGUCAUGGAUCCCCGUGCUAUGGCAGCUCUUGCCAAUGGUGUGCCCGGAGGUGCUCCUGCAAACUCUUCCGUGUCUCCUUCCACAUCUACUUCUUCCACAGUAACCGCUCAGCCAGGUCUCGAUGAGCACUUGGGCGGAGCCCUCCUUACGCCAAUUCCAUGGCUCACAAACAGGCCCGAGAGCGUCGACGGCGCAGACGCUGCCCUCAGUCCGGAACCAGACAUGGAUGACGAAGAUGGGGAACCCGCCGAUACUCUCCAUUCGCAGCGCCAUCCACAACCACAACAGCAGCACAGCGGGUCCGGCCGGCAGCGCCAUCAGCAGCGGUUGAGCACCGAGUCGACCGAAACCAUAGAGGGUCCUAAUGGAGUGGGCCACAUCGAGACCGUGUCUGUCUCUGUUAACGGUAUUGUCUCGCAUGGUGCCAGUACGUCAGCCCUAGCCGCUGCGCUCGGCCGUGGAGGUGCCGAGGCUUCCUCGUCGGCCCUGAGCACAAACCAGCCGCAGCAGCCUGGUGCGGAGGGUAUUACCCAGGGUGAGCUGCUGCGUGAGGAACAGCGUGCCGGUGUCGUCCCUGUCAGCCAGGUUCAGCGCAGUAGAGAAGCUGCCCAAAGUCGAGCAGCAGCUGCUGCUGCCCCUGCUGCGGCGGAAUCCUCUGGCUCUCCCGUCGGGUCCACGCCUACUGAGCAGGGCGAUGAAGAAAUGGACGAUGCCGUCGGGGAAGCUGACGAGGCAGCCGGCGCGGGUGGUGCGGAAUCCGAGGAUGAGGUGCCGCACGUCCGUGGACCGGAGGAGAUUGGGCUGGCGGACACAGGACCGCAGGCCGCAGGGACCAGCAUUCCAGCGCCCGGUCAGACGGCACCCAACCUUGCUCUCCAGGACCUCAACGUGGAGGCAGCGAUGGGACGGCCAGCAGACGAGACGCGAGCGGCGUCGGCGCCAAAAUCGCCAGCCCGUUCAGAACCAAGCGACGUGACUCUAGACUCGGGAGAUGAAACGCCGCGGGAGGGAGCUUCGACCCCAAAACGGGACGCAGAGGGUGAGCCGGCCUCGGGAGGCGAGCCCCCCGCCAAGAAGUUGCGCGAGAGUCCUCAGGAGUCCGGUAAAGACUCGGAGGAUGGGGAAAAGCCCGCAAAGGAUGGGGCCGAAGGAGUCGAGCCCGUUGGCAAGGAAUAGUAGUCAUACCAAAUCCAAUAUCCUGAGCAGGUCUUACCUUGUUCUGCCUUGAUGGUAUUCAAACGCUGCGUGUCAUCCUGAUUUGAGAAUGUUCUCGGGCCUGGUGCAGUCGGAAGGGCCAUGCUAGAGAAUGGGAUGUUGCACGCGGUAGCUGAAAAUUGUGCAGAUUUUUCCGACGAUUAUUUCUCAUGAUACCUAUCCAUAAAUGGCGGCAAAAGCAUGCAUUGUGACUUGGGGUUAUUCGUUUCUUACGAUGGUAACUUAAUACAUCUUCGCCGGCUCCUAUUCGCGGAGUAUUAUGCCGUGGUCUGUCAUGCUUACAUCGCGGUUUAGACUCGAGUCUAAUCUAUCUGCUUGGCGGUACUUGAUGUGCCUGUCACUUACGCCCCGGGUACUGAAUAGCCCUUGGCAACAUCAAUAUUAGAACUUCUCACGCGCAAAGAAUCAAGGAACAUAUCCGCUUGUUAGCUGCAACAGCCGUAGGAAGCCAGCAGUCUGGCAUUCACCCGGCCUCUUAAAUUGGGACGAUAUCUGUCGUCUUGCGUCUAGAUGAACCCGCGUCGCCAAACAAAGCA